AUGUCGGGGAACGGUAGCAGCCCGGCACCGCAAAGGGUCACGGCUGUUUCUGGGGACGGCGUCGAGGCUACGACGGCACGGCUCGGCAGCAGUCCGGUGCAGCAACGGGAAGAGGUUGUUGCGAGGUUUAAGACUUUGACCAGGCUGCAAGACUUCUUUCUGGAGAAAGAUGCUGCCAACCUACCCUUGUAUGUCACCAACGAGGCGUUCUAUCAAGUGAUAGCACGAGAGGCAUGUUCAGAGGGACGAUCUCAAUUUUUCAUGCAUCCUCGUGGUUCUCACGGAAGAAAAUGCAACAUCAACGUCGCGUUUUCUCCACUUAUUACGACAUAUAUGCAAUGUCCUGGCGCUAAUGCCACCUGCAGUGCUGGAAUCGGAGUGGCUUGGAAUGCGGAUGUGGAGCUUGCAGGAUCCAUCACAGGAUGUUUGACCCUUGCAAAGUCUGAAGACAGUUACCUGUUUAACUUAUCACUUCCAGGGAUGCUACAACCUUUAGCUGUGAUUUUGACAUGUGAUUUUGACAUGGAUGGCGAGGUCAUGAUUGAAGGAGAGAUUGCAACCGGUGGGAACACGGUUGAGAGCAGACUAGAAAGCCUUGGUCCACCUGGACACUUCUCUCUCCGUUUUCAGCUACCCAGUCGUGUCUAUUCCGGACGGUCCAACUGCAACUUUGGCUCAAAUGGGAUCUUCGAAGAAAUUGUGAAGAAGUAUAUCUGA